GUGGCGGUGCAAACUCCUACACAAACGCCCACCAAAAACACAUUAGCUGUCUCGAAAGGAAAAGUACGGAAUAGAAGGAGUACAUCGUAUAUAUUUUAUAUGAAUGUGUAGACAGGAUGAAGAAAGUAGUGCUGGUAACCGGUGCAAACAGUGGUAUAGGCCUUGCCCUGUGUGAGCGUCUACUUACCCAGGAUGCCCAGGCUCAGCUCUGUCUGGCCUGCAGGAACAUGCAGAGAGCUGAGGCUGCUCGACAGGCUCUUCUACUGUCUCACCCUCAAGCUCAUAUUUCUCUACUGCACCUAGAUGUUGGCAACAUGCACUCUGUGGUCAGGGCUGCUGGCGAGUUCAAACAGAAGUACAACAGAUUGGACUAUCUGUACCUCAAUGCUGGAAUCAUGCCUAAUCCAAAGGUAGAUCACAAAGCCUUUUAUAAAGGCCUCUUUUCCAGAAAUGUGGUUCAUAUGUUAGCCACAGGAGAGGGUAUUCUGACCCAAGAAGAUAAGGUCACACCCAUUGGUUUACAGGAGGUGUUUGCAACUAAUCUUUUUGGUCAUUUCCUUCUGGUGAGGGAGCUGGAGCCCUUAUUGUGCCAGGGGGACCACAACUCUGUAGUGAUCUGGACAUCCUCCAGUAAUGCCAGGCGAUCAGCUUUUAGUCUAGAUGACGUGCAGCAUCAGAAAGGCCAUGAACCCUACAGCUCCUCCAAAUAUGCCUCAGACCUACUUAGCCUAGCCCUAAACCGUCACUACAAUAGCCGGGGUCUAUACUCAUCAGUGAUCUGUCCUGGACUAGUGAUGACUAACCUCACCUAUGGCAUUCUACCUUCAUUCUUCUGGACCAUCAUCAUGCCAAUAAUGUGGCUGAUAAGGAUAUUCACCAACACUUUUACCCUCACACCUUAUAAUGGAGCAGAGGCUUUGUUUUGCCUGUUCAUGCAGAAACCUGAGUCACUGGAUCCGAUGGCCAAAUAUCACAGUUUGACCUCUGGGCUUGGAAACAAUUACACCCUGCCAUGCAAGAUGGAUAUUGAUGAAAACAUGUCAGAGGCCCUCUAUGUAAAGUUAUUACAACUUGAAGAUACAGUACGGAAGAAACUUAUUGACGAGGAUACAGAUAUUAAAAUAGAAAAAUAAAUAUACACACUGGAGACGAAUAGAUCUCUCACACAUUUCAUUGUUUGAGAUGCUCUCUAAGGAAUGGAUAAAGAUAUAUGUACUUACAUACAUCAUGAAUAUUAUUACCUUUUCAUCUUUUAAAAUACUUAAUAAAAAAUAGGUUUUAUAGGAUAUCUAGCAUGUCUAUGAUGUUAUUUAUGACAGUACAUCUUGUCAUUCACCCAUGUUUUUACCUUUAUUAAAACUAAUAUACUUCUACAUUAUUUUACAAUUUAUAUUGGGUUUAUUGACGCUGUGUUUACCGAUGGUUAUUACAAUGUAUUUACUGUGAACAGUGAACAGUCUCUGUAUGGUCAUUUGGGUAGACAUCUGUAAGGUCAUGUAUCUUUCAUUUAUUUUACACUACUUUUCCUGUCCAGUUUUUGGAAAUGCCACCAAAUGAGCUUUG